UAUUUAGGAGCCGGGGUUCCUGUCUGGUUCAUUGUCACUGUGCCUUAUCAAGGAAGAACCAAGUGGGCGUUCAGGUCCUGCAGCUGGGAGACUUGCUCCUUUACUUGGAAGGGACCUCCGUGUUUUCCCUGAGAACUUUGCUGGUGAUGGACCCAUACACCAUAAAGAUGAAUGGCAACGGCAGCCUCCCCUCGGUUCUGGAUGUUCGCGUUAACAUCGGUGGGAGAAGCGCCUCGUCAGGAAAAAUGAAAGGAAGAAAGGCCAGGUGGUCCGUGAAGCCCUCGGAAAUGUCCAACAGAACUUUCAAUCCCAUCCGGGCCAUUGUGGACAGCAUAAAAGUGAAGCCAAAUCCAAACAAACCCAUGAUUUCUCUGUCAAUUGGGGACCCCACUGUGUUUGGAAACCUGCCUACAGACCCUGAAGUUACCCAAGCAGUGAAAGAUGCCUUGGACUCGGGGAAAUAUAACGGCUAUGCUCCAUCCAUUGGCUACUUGUCCAGUCGAGAGGAGAUUGCCUCCUAUUACCACUGUCCCGAGGCCCCCCUGGAAGCUAAGGACGUCAUUCUGACCAGUGGCUGCAGUCAGGCUAUUGAACUUUGUCUAGCUGUGUUGGCCAACCCGGGACAAAACAUCCUAGUUCCGAGACCUGGUUUCUCCCUCUACAGGACUCUAGCUGAAUCCUUGGGAAUUGAGGUCAAACUCUACAAUUUAUUGCCAGAGAAGUCUUGGGAAAUUGAUCUGAAGCAACUGGAAUCUCUCAUUGAUGAAAAGACAGCUUGUCUUAUUGUUAAUAAUCCAUCAAAUCCCUGUGGGUCCGUGUUCAGUAGAAGUCACCUGCAGAAGAUUCUAGCAGUGGCUGCAAGGCAGUGUGUCCCCAUCUUAGCUGAUGAGAUCUAUGGAGACAUGGUGUUUUCAGAUUGCAAAUAUGAACCGCUGGCUACCCUUAGCACCAACGUCCCCAUCCUGUCUUGUGGCGGGCUGGCUAAGCGCUGGCUAGUUCCUGGCUGGAGGCUGGGCUGGAUCCUAAUCCAUGACCGAAGAGACAUUUUCGGAAAUGAGAUCCGAGAUGGGCUGGUGAAGCUGAGUCAGCGGAUCUUGGGACCCUGCACCGUUGUCCAGGGAGCUCUGAAGAGCAUCCUGCGUCGCACCCCUCAGGAGUUCUACCACAACACUCUGAGCUUCCUCAAGUCUAAUGCUGACCUCUGCUAUGGGGCCUUGGCUGCCGUUCCUGGACUCCGGCCAGUCCGCCCUUCUGGGGCCAUGUACCUCAUGGUUGGAAUUGAGAUGGAACAUUUCCCAGAAUUCGAGAAUGAUGUGGAGUUCACUGAGCGGUUAGUCGCUGAGCAAUCUGUCCAGUGCCUCCCAGCAACGUGCUUCGAGUACCCGAACUUCUUCCGAGUGGUGAUCACCGUCCCUGAAGUGAUGAUGCUGGAGGCUUGUAGCCGGAUCCAGGAGUUCUGCGAGCAGCACUACCACUGCGCUGAAGGGAGCCAGGAGGAGUGCGAUAAAUAGGCCUGCAUCCGCUCUCCUGGUUAUGUGUCCCAUCUGAGAACAGCUGGACUGGGCCCCGAAGCUCCUCAGGGAGUCAGAUGCCUCUCUUGGGAGAGAGGGUCUCAUAAACACCAUGCCAAAGGCUCAGGAAUACUCCUGCUUUCCCCCAGUCACAUCCACAUACACUCUGAAUCCCAGAUCACCCCCUUGCUGUGCUCUGCUGGAGUGACUCGCUAAUUCAUUAGUCUGCCCCCCUCUUGUAGGACUUCCUCCUUCUUACCUGAGAGUAAAAGGUGAAAAAAUUGACCAGAAGGCAGUUGAGACAAGAAAAUAAAAGGUCAGGAUGACAGAAACGAGUUAGAACUUGUACCCGCAAUUACUUCUUCAUAUUUUAAGGUGAGAACACACUCUCUAGUCAGGUCUGAAGCUCAACUCUGUUACUGCCUCACUUCAGGUAUACCUCACUUUACGCAAUAGAGGUGUAACCGGAAAGAAAUUGAGAACAUAUUUAUUUGGUUAAUUAUAUUCUAAAUGCAUUAGGAACACCUACUAUUUGAAGGAUUCCUGACAGAAACCUUUUUGGUUUUUGUUGGCAAAGAAUUAUUUGUGAUGCAAAUAAGUAUCCUUCAAUUGAUUGACUUCCUAAAUUUAGAUUUGUGUGCAUCCGGCUUUCCUCUGUGUACUAGAGGAAAGGAUCUGCAGAAUCUUCCAGAAAUACUGUUGUGUAAGGGGCGGAAAUAUCUUCACAUGUCAUUGUUAUAGAAUCAUCACUACUUUUGCUGUAAUAUUAAUAUUGAUUAUUAAUAUAUUCUAUAUUAUCUUAACAUAUUUUUUUCUAAGAAACAUUUAUAUUGACAAGAUCCUAUAUUUUGCCAAGAGCAUAAAUUAUUAUUUUUCUUUUUUUUAAAUAAAUUUUACCAUGUAUGCUC